CUAACCCCCAGAAAGCAGAGGAUUUUGGGAGGUUUCAUUCGCUCGAGAUGCGCUACACCUUUCCACCCCUGGGGGUCGCUGUGCCUAGAGCGCCGGCUACACCGAAGUCACCCGUAGAUGUCGCUGUUUGCCAAAAUUGUAUCGGGCCUCAGUAUAGCGCUGUGUCCCGGUGCCCGGCUCUUUGGGAGUGAUGGCGGCCUCUUUGGCUGCGGUAGCUCCAGGAGCCCCAGCUGAGGAAUCAUCGGAUAGCGAACCGGAACCCGAGCCGCAGAAACUUCGAAGGAAAGUGUCCACGUCGGGACAGAUCCGGGGGAAGGCUAUCAUAAAGGAGGGGCACCUGCAUAAGCAAACCAGUUCCUUUCAGAGAUGGAAACGGCGCUAUUUCAAACUCAGAGGGAGAACUCUUUACUAUGCCAAGACUGCCAAGUCAAUCAUAUUUGAAGAAGUUGAUAUAACUGAUGCAAGUGUUGCUGAAUCCAGUACCAAGAAUCUUAAUAACAGCUUCACCGUAUUUACCCCCUUUCGGAAACUGAUCCUCAGUGCAGACAACAGAAAGGACAUGGAGGAAUGGAUGGCAGCACUGAAGUCUGUGCAGAACCGUGAACUCUUUGAGUCAGCCCAGUACAGCAUGGACCACUUCUCGGGAAUGCAUAACUGGUAUGCUUGUUCCCACGCGCGACCCACUUACUGUAAUGUAUGCCGUGAAGCCCUUUCUGGGGUUACCUCUCAUGGACUGUCAUGUGAAGUGUGUAAAUUUAAAGCUCACAAACGGUGUGCUGUACGGGCCACCAAUAACUGUAAAUGGACUACCUUGGCAUCUAUUGGCAAAGACAUUAUAGAAGAUGAAGAUGGGGUAUCAAUGCCGCACCAGUGGCUGGAAGGUAACCUACCUGUGAGUGCAAAAUGCACAGUAUGUGAAAAGACCUGUGGCAGUGUGCUCCGUUUACAGGACUGGCAAUGUCUGUGGUGCAAAGCAGCGGUACACUCAUUGUGUAAAGAUCUCCUCCCUAAAAAGUGCCCUCUAGGCCAGUGCAAAGUUUCAGUCAUUCCUCCCACGGCUCUCAACAGCAUUGACUCAGAUGGUUUCUGGAAGGCCAGCUGCCCACCAUCCUGUACUAGCCCUUUACUUGUUUUUGUCAAUUCAAAAAGUGGGGACAACCAAGGGGUGAAGUUCUUACGGCGUUUCAAACAACUUCUGAACCCAGCUCAAGUUUUUGACCUCAUGAACGGGGGGCCGCACCUUGGUUUACGAUUAUUUCAAAAGUUUGACACAUUUCGAAUCCUGGUAUGUGGUGGUGAUGGAAGUGUUGGAUGGGUUCUCUCUGAAAUAGAUACACUCAAUCUUCACAAACAGUGCCAACUUGGAGUGCUGCCCCUGGGAACUGGGAAUGACCUUGCUCGUGUGCUUGGUUGGGGUUCUGCUUGUGAUGAUGAUACUCAACUCCCACAAAUCCUAGAGAAGCUGGAGAGGGCAGGCACUAAGAUGCUGGAUAGAUGGAGUAUCAUGGUGUAUGAGACUAAAUUGCCAGCUCAGUCCCCAGAUUCUUGCACAGCUCCAGAAAACAAUGAGGAUUGCGAGGUGCAACAAAUCCUGUGUUAUGAAGACUCCGUGGCAGCUCAUCUAUCUCAGAUCCUCAGCUCAGACCAGCACUCUGUGGUUAUCUCAUCAGCCAAGGUUCUCUGUGAAACUGUGAAAGACUUUGUUGCUCGAGUUGGAAAAGCUUAUGAGAGAAUGACUGAGAGCUGCGAAGAAUCUGAGGCCAUGGCAGGAAAGUGUUCACUUUUGAGAGAGAAAUUGGAUUCACUCCUGAAGACCCUGAAUGAGGAGUCACAAGCUACCUCAGUCAUGUCUCAGCCCCCUCCUACCAUUAAUGAGGAGGGGGAGGAAACGGAGUCCUGUUCACCAAAUAUGUCUCCAUCACCAGCCCGCACACAAAGUUUUCGCCCCCGGGAACAACUAAUGCUUAGAGCCAAUAGCCUAAAGAAAGCUAUCCGACAAAUUAUUGAGCAGGCAGAGAAAGCUGUAGAUGAACAGAAUGUACAGAAUGCACACACUGAAGAUUUCCUACUGUCCUUUUCCUUUGAUUCUGCAAAAGAGAAAAAUUCAUCAAGUUCCUCAAACUUGCAAAGUGCAAAUGCGCUUCCCAGGAUAAGGAGCUCAAAUAGAGUUGCCAAGACUGAGCAAAUGAGCAACAAAACCAGCCUGACUGCAGGAGCAUCUGCAUCUCUCCCAGCCCCUUCCUCACACAGAGAUAAUUUACCAGUGCUGAACUCCAAAAUACUCUACUCAAAUAUGAGAGCUGGGAUGUCUGGGUCUUUGCCUGGAAACUCUGUCAUUAGCCGUCUGUUAAUUAGUGCUGACCCCUUUGGUUCAGAACCAGAUAAUGUGGACUGUUACACAGAAAAGUGUGUGAUGAACAAUUACUUUGGGAUUGGGCUGGAUGCAAAAAUUUCCUUGGAUUUUAACAACAAGAGAGAUGAGCACCCAAAAAAGUGCAGGAGCCGCACAAAGAACAUGAUGUGGUAUGGAGUGCUAGGAACAAAGGAACUCCUCCAAAGGACGUACAAGAACCUGGAACAGAGAGUUUUACUAGAGUGUGAUGGGGUUUCUAUUCCCCUGCCCAGCCUCCAAGGCAUCGCUGUGCUGAACAUUCCAAGUUACGCGGGGGGCACUAACUUCUGGGGCGGCAGCAAGGAGAAUGAUACUUUUGCUGCCCCUUCUUUUGAUGAUAAAAUUCUGGAAGUGGUUGCUGUGUUCGGCAGUAUGCAGAUGGCUGUGUCCAGAGUCAUAAAGCUACAGCAUCACAGAAUUGCACAGUGUCGCACAGUGAAGAUUACAGUGCUUGGUGAUGAGGGAGUUCCUGUGCAAGUGGAUGGAGAAGCCUGGAUCCAGCCACCAGGGUUUAUACGUAUAGUACAUAAGAACAGAACGCAGACACUCACUAGAGACAGGGCUUUUGAAAGCACAUUAAAGUCCUGGGAGGACAAGCAGAAAUGUGACAUUCCUCGCCCACCUGUAUCGCCUGUGUCUCCCACAGCUUUGCAGCCUGAGGAGCUCUCUGAAGAUGAGACUGCUCAAGUAUCCCGGUUUGGCCACUCUGCCAGUGCACUUAUUCAAAGCAUUAAGGAGAUAGCUGUUACCCACCAGAGCAUGGAGCAGGAGCUAGCUCAUGCUGUCAACGCCAGCUCAAAAUCUAUGGAAAAGGUUUAUAAGGACUCUGAGGGCCUGAGCUGUAGUCAUGUUAUGGAGAUGGUUACAAAUGUUCGAGCACUUCUUAAUGAAACAGAACUACUCCUUGCAGGGAAAAUGGCAUUGCUGCUGGAUCCCCCUCAGAAGGAGCAGCUAGUGACAUCCCUUAGCAACACAGAGCAGGAGCUGAGAAAACUGGGUGAAAUCCCUCGACUGUGGCAAACUAAUGAGGAAGAGGGUACCCUAGACUUUUCCAAAUUAAGAAGGAGUAGUCGGUUUCGACUGGUAAACAAGUUUAAAAAGGAAAAGAAUUCAAGGAACAAGGAGACUCGAAGCAGUACAGGGCCUCCAGCUCAUCUUUGGGGGACGGAAGAGGUGUCUCUGUGGCUGGAGCGGCUCAGCUUGUCUGAGUACAAGGAGGUCUUUACUCGCCAUGACAUCAGAGGCUGUGAGCUCCUACAUCUGGAGCGUCGAGACCUCAAGGAACUGGGUGUGACCAAAGUGGGCCACAUGAAGAGAAUCCUUCACGGCAUCCGGGAGCUGAGUCCGCCUCCUAUCAAUGCGGAUUAGGAUCUGUCUUCACUUCAUGUAUCACCCAGUCUGGGUGACUUGCCACAAACAACCACUGUUUUGAUUCCAGUUCAACCGAGAACAUGGUUGUGGUAACUGCAGCCAAUCUCGGAUGUAACAAAAUACCAUGGUAGCCAUUUAUUCAUAAAGCAUUCUAUUGCAGCCAAUCAAUAUGUGCCCAGAUGUGUGACUGUAUGGCUGCACCAUUUUCAGCCUUGGGAAUAUUUGUAGCCAGUCAAAGGAGAUGUCUACACAUGGAAUUUAUACAACAAGGUGCUCCCUCUCCCAUUUUUCUGUUCUAUGUUUAAUUAUUGGCAUUGGGCUUUGUUUGGCAUAAUAAUGAUUUGUGCUUUCAGAGUCCUUUUUCCAUGAGCCGAGAGAAUAUAUAUAUAAAUAAUAUAUUUAGCGUCAGACUGAUAGAGUGUUAAAAUAUGCGUGCUACCUCAUGUUCCUUGUGGCAGAGACACCACUACUGCCAUUGUAGGAAUAGCACAAAAUUCAUAACAGGUCAUGUUUGCCUAAAAAUUCCACUUAUAGACUUGAAAUCCUCAGACUGCACAUUUCUUCUGGGUGGCUCUUCGCAUGAAAGCAUCUACCACCUACCACUCCUCUAACCAUUCAUUUAAUCCUAGUUUUUGGGGUUUUUUUUAGUCACUUUUACUUUCCCCAAAAUACAGAUUUAUAAAGAAUUUCCAUAGUAUUUCUGCAGACAUUCAGCACACUGGCUGACCUGUUUAACUCAUGCCAGUAUCCAACUCUGUCCCAUAGACGAGACCCGCAGAAGGUAUCCUGGAACAGUAGGGAAAUCUCAUGCUUAGUGGCAGAGUUGGACUUUAGCAAGCACCAGCCAUGAGGUGAAAGCAUUGCACAUCCAGCUUUGGUAUUUGAACAAAUCAUUGUUUACAUUUCUGUAGGUACAUUUCUAAAGCAGGAACUGAUCUCUGGCCAAAAUGAUUAACCUCUUGGCUGCCACGCUGGGCACCAAUUUGUCACAUCCUUUGCCAUGGAGUUAAACAAUGUGUAGGAGUUCCCUGAAGCUUUUGGAUUGUGGUGUGGAGCCCAAGUCUAUUUCAUCUUUCUGCUGGGCUCCUGUUUUUUUUUUUUUUUUUUUUACUCGCUUAAACCUGGGCAGGUCCCUUUCUUCCCACUUUUUUGUCUGCGGUGGGUGGAUAAUAUGUCUGUUCCCUCAGACUCUCCCUGACUUCCCAUAUGUGUGUAUUUAUUGUCCUGUGCCUUAAUACAGUCCCUUCCCCCCCCCCUCCUUUUAAAACUGAUGAUAAUGCUUGUAAAUAGCAGUUGUUGUAAAUUACAAACAGUAAAUGAUGUAUUAAUAGUG